AUGGGAACCGCAGCACGGGCCUUGUGUCUAGUGGUCGUGGUCGGCACCGCAAGUGCUGGGCUAUCGGGCUCGGCCGAAUGCCCUUGCGUCAACCACACCCGUGACGACUACGGCUUCGGCUGCAGAAGCCACGACAUGAAUGGAUCUGCGGGCUAUCCGGAGUGCAGUCAGGUCUCUCCGCCAGCCUGGUGCGGUGACAGUUGGUGCUACGUUACGCGGCAGGGCUGCCAAGUCACGAGUGAGCCCAGCGAUGACCAUCCAGAUCUGGCUUGGUCCUACACAACCUGUGGUUACCGCGACCGCUUCUCACGCGACAACAUUACAGGUAGCCUUCGUGGCCAGAAGCUCCGAGUGCAGUUCCUUGGUAACACGGGUGGCUGGAAGGGGAACUAUUGCUCCGGCUUCACAGGCCAGCCUUGCGUGGACCAACGAGGCCAUGGGCCUGUGAACCGCUUCUUCGACCUUGUCGUUGGUUCAGCAGGUGUCAAGUUGGAGCAGAUCUCAGAGGUCCCUGGAGCCGUCCAUGCACAGCUUGAGCGCAUGGGCCAACGUUCCAAGUUUGACCUGUGCAUUUGGGCCACAGGAAUGGGAUUUCUAGAUGUUUGCGUGGCUUCUUUGGUGGUGUUGCCGAGACGAACCGACGCCUCUCCCUUUGUGAUUCUGUGGUCGGAGCCGACCAUCCUGGUGGGUCCGCUGGUGCAGGAGUCGAAGGAACCUACCUUCGGUGAGAUGCUCAGCGCAGCUUUCCGGCCAUUUAGCCCCAACCUUUGGCUAACAUUGUUGGCCGUGGUCAUAUCCAGCUCCCUUAUCAUCACAUACUUCGAGACCUCGCCAGAUGGACAGUUCGCCUAUCUGCGCAGCAAGAGGGAGAAGACGACAGAAGCACUGUACCGGGCCCUCUACAGCCUCUUCAUGUGUGAGUCUCGCUUUGAACCUUGCACUUUGGGUGGCCGCAUUGUGGGCCUGGGUCUUGCCUUCAUGUGCAUCCUCUUCGUCUGUGGCUACACAGCCACUUUAGCAUCCUUCUUGGUUGAAGAGCGGCGACUUGUUCCAAAUGUGGAGAGCUUGGGGGAUGCCAUCAGGCUGAAUUAUCGCAUCUGCGCCCACCCCAGCCACAUGACUACUUUGCAGGUCCAGGGAGUGCCCGAGGCCAGCAUUGUAAGCAUGAGUGUGCGCUCGGCAAUUCUGCCCGCCAUCGGCUCGGAUGAGGACAGCAUUUGCCAGGUCGCAGUGCUCUCGGAGGAGGACUUCGUCUCCGCGCAAUCAGCCAAUGGCGGUAGCUUCUGCAACCUGCAGCGUAUCGGCGCGUCCGUGGGGAGCCACAUGGUGGGGCUCUCAGUCUCGGAGAAGUGGUCGCGACAGCUGGGCUACGCUGUCAGUACCGCUGCGGCCGACGGGCACGUAGAGCGAGCCAUGAAUGAGUAUCGCCCGACGGACUACUGCACUGCCAUCAACCAGGAGCUGCGAAACAAUGCGGAGCCAGAAGCCUUGACGGUUCAAGGUAUGCUGGGGCCCUUCUUGGUGACCAUGCUUUUCACCAUCUUUGGAGUUAUUGCCCAUGUGUCGCGCAUGGCCCUCUUCAAGACCAUCCAGGAAACCCGAAAAGUGAGCCGGCAUGGUAACAUCCGUGAUGGCCUCAGGGAGGUUGCGGACGACAUUCAAAAGGUAGCUUCUGAGAUCAUGCACCACAAGACCUCGGAUGCCGAUCGAAAAUAUCGCAACGACAACCACGAAGAGUCCACGGCCAGUGGGGACGUGACGCCACAGACCACGCCGGCGUUGCAGCACGAGAGCAAUGAUGUGGCUCCAGAGUAUGAUCACGCCGUGAACAUGUUGCUGCGCUCGCAGCAGUCUUUCCUUGAAGCGCAGAAAGCUGAGCAGAGCAGGUCAGCAAUGAUUUUGGAGAGGUUGGAGAGAAUCGAGGAGUUCCUUCAAUCUGAUUCGCAGGGCUAUGUGACAGUGAACACGUGA